GGGCUCGCUCUUUGAGGAGGAGGGAGGGGAUGAGAGGUCGGGAGGCGAGCCGGCCCAGCAGGCUGGAGCAGCUGAGUUUGGGGAGCCGCCGCUGCGCUGCGCACGGAGCCCCUGCACUGCUUGCGGACUGCCCAUGGCUAUCGGGGCUGGAUAACCCCACCUGCGCGCUUGCCUGCCCGUCUCCCGGCGCCCUGGGUACCCGGAGAGCGAUGCGGUAAUGUGGCAGAGGCGGGGACCGAUUGGCUGAUACAAGCUGGACUUGCAGGCACUUCAGACAUGACGGACCCUCUGCAGUGGGCCAGAUAUCACUGGCCACGAUUGAUCUCAGGCGCAGGCAGGAAUGACGGCGAGAGGUUUUACAAUUAUUCUUCGCUGCUUUUGUGUGGCAAGAAGCCCUCUCAGACACCAAAAAUGGCAGGAAAACAUCGAGUGGUGAUUGCACGCGCACGGUACUUCAAAGAGGAAUAUGAGAAAACCUGUGGAACAUACAUGAAUAAUCGAAUACGGACAACCAAGUAUACUCUCCUGAAUUUUGUGCCAAGGAACUUAUUUGAGCAGUUUCAUAGAGCUGCCAACUUGUAUUUCCUCUUUUUAGUCGUCCUCAACUGGGUUCCUCUGGUAGAAGCUUUCCAAAAAGAAAUUACUAUGCUGCCUCUUGUAGUCGUUCUUACAAUCAUAGCAAUUAAAGAUGGCUUGGAAGAUUAUCGAAAAUAUAAAAUAGAUAAACAGAUCAACAACUUAAUAACAAAGGUAUAUAGUAGGAAAGAUAGGAAGUACGUAGAACGAUGCUGGAAAGAUGUCACCGUUGGAGAUUUUGUUCGCCUUUCCUGUAACGAGAUCAUUCCUGCAGAUAUUGUCUUGCUGUUUUCCACUGAUCCAGAUGGAAUCUGUCACAUUGAGACUUCUGGUCUUGAUGGAGAAAGCAAUUUAAAACAGAGGGAGGUGGUUCGAGGAUAUGCAGAGCAGGACUCUGAAGUUGAUCCUGAGAAGUUUUCUAGUCGGAUAGAAUGUGAAAGUCCUAAUAAUGACCUCAACAGAUUUCGAGGAUUUCUAGAACAUCCAAGCAAAGAACGCAUUGGUCUCAGUAAAGAAAAUUUAUUACUUAGAGGAUGCACCAUUAGAAAUACAGAGGCUGUGGUUGGCAUUGUGGUUUAUGCAGGUCAUGAAACUAAAGCAAUGUUGAACAAUAGCGGGCCUCGUUACAAGCGUAGUAAGUUAGAGAGAAGAGCAAAUACUGAUAUCCUCUGGUGUGUCCUACUUCUUAUCUCAAUGUGUUUUACUGGUGCAUUAGGUCAUGGAAUCUGGUUGAGCAAUUAUGAGUCUGUUCCAUUUUUUAAUAUGCCUGAGCCUGAUGGACAUAACUUAUCCCCAGCCUUGGCAGGUUUCUAUAUGUUUUGGACCAUGAUUAUUUUAUUACAGGUAUUGAUCCCCAUUUCUCUCUACGUUUCCAUUGAAAUUGUCAAGCUAGGACAAAUCUACUUUAUUCAAAGUGACAUUGAUUUCUAUAAUGAGAAAAUGGAUUCCACCAUUCAGUGCCGGGCACUGAACAUUGCUGAGGAUCUUGGGCAGAUACAAUAUCUUUUCUCUGAUAAGACUGGAACCCUCACUGAGAACAAAAUGGUUUUCCGGAGGUGUAGUAUUGCAGGAUAUGAUUAUUGUCAUGAAGAAAAUGCCAAGAGGCUGGAGUCCUACCAGGAGGUUUCCUCAGAAGAUGAAGAUUUGACAGACACCCCCAGUGGCUCGCUCAGCAAUAUGACAAAGGCAAAGGCACCCAGCUGCAGGACAGUUAAUAAUGGGCCUUUGAAAAGCAAAUCCUUGAAUCAUCUGGCUGGGAGCUGUUUGGCCCUAGGAGGGGAAGAUGGCCCCACUGAUGCAUCUCUCUCCAGACAGGCAGCUUUCAGUAGUCCUAUUGAAACUGAUGUUGUACCAGAUACUGGACUUUUGGAUAAAUUUAGCCAGAUUACACCUCAGUUAUUCACCUUACCAAAUGAAACUGACCAGGAUCUGUCUACAGAGACUUUGUACAUAAUUGACUUUUUUCUCGCCUUGGCAAUUUGUAAUACAGUUGUAGUUUCAUCUCCCAACCAACCACGACAAAAGCUGAGACUCUCUUCACUGGGUAGAAUGCCCAUCACAUCCUUAGAAGAAAUUAAAAACCUCUUCCAGAGGUUAUCCGUUCGAAGGUCAAGUUUUCCAUCCCUUUGCAGCAGCAAAGAAUCAUCAUCAUCCGGGGGUCCAAAUGCCUUUGUAAGCAGACUCUCCCUCUUCAAUCGAUCGAAGCUGGUCCCACCCACUGAGGAAGAAGAUUCCCCGUUAAGUGAUGGGGCCCCCGGUCCCAGCGAAAAAACUUGCCUCAAAGACCAAGAGAAAGCCGAAGCGGCCGCGGGCAGCCCCGACGGCAGCCCCGACGGCAGCCCCGACGGCAGCUUGGAUUCUCCUCUGGGGCAGGCGCUCGCCUUGGACUUGCACUACGAAGCAGAGAGCCCGGACGAAGCGGCCUUGGUGUACGCAGCCCGGGCUUAUCAGUGCACUUUGAAGUCCCGGACACCCGACCAGGUUACGGUUGACCUGGCAGCCUUGGGACCUUUAACAUUUCAACUUUUGCACAUUCUGCCUUUUGACUCUGUGAGAAAAAGGAUGUCGGUGGUGGUCAGGCACCCCCUAUCCCAUCAGGUUGUGGUGUAUACCAAGGGGGCCGAUUCUGUCAUCAUGGACUUACUGUCAUUAGCAUCUGCCGAUGGUGAGAGUUUAGAAAAACAACAAAAGAUAAUCCGGGAGAAAACCCAGAGACAUUUGGAUGAUUAUGCCAAAAAAGGACUUCGCACUUUAUGUAUUGCAAAAAAGGUCAUGAGUGACACGGAAUAUGCUGAGUGGCUAAAGAAUCAUUUUUUAGCAGAAACUAGCAUUGACAACAGGGAACAAUUACUGCUCGAGUCUGCCAUCAGGCUUGAGAAUAAAUUAACAUUACUGGGUGCUACUGGCAUUGAAGACCGGCUGCAAGAGGGUGUUCCAGAGGCGAUAGAAUCCUUGCAAAAAGCAGGAAUUAAGAUCUGGAUGCUGACAGGAGAUAAGCAGGAGACAGCUGUUAAUAUAGCUUAUGCUUGCAAAUUACUGGAACAAGAUGACAAAAUCUUUAUCUUCAACACCCAAAAUAAAGAAGCCUGUGAGAUGUUGAUGAAUAAGACUUUAGAAGAACUUAAGAAAGACAUUCAAAAGCCUCCAAACUUCCCAUCGCUUUGCAUUCAUGUUCCUCCGCUGCGAGCUGGGCUCAUCAUCACUGGGAAAACAUUAGAAUUUGCACUGCAGGACAGUCUGCAGAGUCGAUUUUUAGAGCUCACUGGAUUGUGCCAAGCUGUUGUCUGCUGCCGAGCAACACCCUUGCAGAAAAGUGAGGUGGUUAAAUUAGUACGAAAUCAGCUCCAAGUGAUGACCUUGGCUAUCGGUGAUGGAGCCAAUGAUGUUAGUAUGAUACAAGUUGCUGACAUUGGAAUAGGAAUUUCAGGCCAAGAAGGCAUGCAGGCAGUGAUGGCCAGUGAUUUUGCAGUUUCCCAGUUCAGACAUCUCACCAAGCUCCUACUCGUUCAUGGACAUUGGUGUUAUACUAGACUAUCUAACAUGAUUCUAUAUUUCUUCUACAAGAAUGUGGCUUAUGUAAACCUUCUCUUUUGGUACCAAUUCUUUUGUGGAUUUUCUGGAACAUCCAUGUCAGAUUACUGGGUUUUGAUCUUCUUCAAUCUCCUCUUCACAUCCGUACCUCCAGUUAUUUAUGGUAUCCUGGAAAAAGACAUUUCUGCAGGAACUCUCAUGCAACUACCUGAACUUUACAAGAGUGGCCAGAAAUCAGAGGCCUACUUACCACUCACAUUCUGGAUCACCUUGCUUGAUGCCUUUUACCAAAGUUUGGUUUGCUUCUUUGUGCCUUACUAUACCUACCAGGGCUCAGACAUUGACAUCUUUAUGUUUGGGAACCCCCUGAACACUGCGGCUCUGUUCAUCAUUCUUCUCCACCUUGUAAUUGAAAGUAAGACUUUGACUUGGAUUCACAUGGUGGUCAUCAGUAGCAGUAUCUUAAUUUACUUUUUCUUUGCCUUGGUGUUUGGAGCAAUGUGUGUGACUUGCAACCCACCAUCCAACCCUUACUGGAUCAUGGAAGAGCACAUGAUGGAUCCAAUGUUUUAUUUAGUCUGUGUCCUCACAACUUGUAUUGCUCUUCUCCCUAGGUUUAUAUACAGAGUUCUGCAGGGAUCACUAUUUCCUUCUCUGAUAUUAAGAGCUAAACACCUCGAUAAACUUUCUUUGGAGGAAAGGAAUGAAGCUCUUAAAAAAUGGAAAGAAGCCAGAACUGUGAAGCAGACAACAACUGGGCAUUCUCAUCCUACAGACGCACUAGAAAGACGGAGAAACUUGGACCCUUCUUGUGACCUCUCAGUGACAACAGCAUCUGUUAAUAGCAAACAAAGAGACUCUCCCACGUUCAAAGCUACUUUAGAUAUAACUAAUGUCUCAGGGAUGGCUAUGAAGACCGUACCAAGUAGUGGACAUCCUCUACAGAAUAGCAUUCAGAAAUAAAAACAACAACCAAAAAAUAUUUCUUGUAAUUUGGAAUUGAAAAUAAGGAAAUAUUUCCUAACCAAAAAAAAAAAGAUUGAUAUGAAUUGUUUUUUAAGGAAUAUGAAUGUUUUAAUAGGCUAUAACAAGUCUGUAAAAUAUGCUCUGUGUGUGGAAUUUUUAAGAAAAGAUUAAAAAGUUGAUCUGAGUAGGUUUUUAAAUUUGAUUCGUUGCUGGAAUCAGUUGCUAUUGUGGAUUUUUGGAUUUUGUAAAAGCAUUUUAAUUAACUUUGAAAUGCAAACUAUUUAAAGAGGGAAUUAAAUAAAAUAAUAAUUUCCAUUUCACUUGGAGACCAUGAAAGAAAAUAAACACGUGCAUAUUACAGACAUUUCCCAACUUAAGAAUAGAUCAGUUCCAAAAAAAUCUAUUUGUAUGUCAAUCUUUUGGAAAUCAGAAUGCCUUUCUCAUGGUGGUUGGUUUCCUAGGCCAGUCUACAAUAAAUCUAUUUAACCUGUAAUAUACAAAACAUGAUAAUAGAAGUCCAAGAAAGCCACUGUCUUCCCCCAGUUCCUCCUACCUCUAGAUCACUUCCCAAGUGCCUUGAGUUAGGAAACAUUGUGGCUCAGAUUCCUCUCUCUGCCUAUUCCCAUGCUGUGAUUAAGCCAAAAGUUCUUAAACUGGGGGACUGCCAGAAUUUCUAGAUCCAUGGCAGCCUUCACCAGAUAAAAUAUUCUAUUCAAGAGCAAAUCUCAAAAAAAGGAAGUCUCAAAAUCUUGUAGCAUUUGUUUUUAGAAUUUCAUCUCUCUGCUGUCAAGUUCUCAAAAAACAGGGAUGAUACUGGGAAUAAGUUUGGUACCAAAAAAAAAAAAAAAUGAUACUGGAUUCAUAUUCCAAGGUUAGGGAUUAGACCUGUGACCUCAUUGAUAUAGGGAACUCUCAAGGUGAAAACAUUCCCCCUUCCAAUGUAAGUUAGUAUUUUCUCUACAACCUAAAGUUGUAAAGGGCUUCCUAGAGCACUAAGAAGUUGAUUUAUCCAAAAUUACACAAACAGUAUAGGUCAGAGUUUAAACUUGAACCCAGCUCUUUCUGACUGACAUCAAGUUGUCUACUAUGUCAGAAUUUUUCAUGAACCCAAACUCAAAAUCAACUUUCAUUGUUGUUUUUGUCCCUAUGCUGCUCCUUCAGUUUCCACAUUUAUAAAGUGAAGGAGUUAGUUUGACUAUAUCUAUAAUUUAGCUUCCAGUUCUAUAGUUAUGAAACUGUGAUUACACAAGAUGCAUUAUAGCAUGAGAAGACUUUGUGAAAAUGCAGCAAGGUGUUUGCCAUGGAUAAUUAACACCUGCUAGUUAUUUAUCACAACUCUCUAAAACAAAAUCUAAUGACAUACAAAAUCAUUCUGAUAAAAUGGGGAAAAAAUGACCGCUUAAAAUGGCAUUAUUUGUACACUCAUCGGCUUAAUCCAAAUUAGAAUGCUGCUUUAGCAAUAGAAUGCUGUAUAAUGAUAAAGGGAUCUAAGUAAGCAUUCUCUUUCUCCUCCCUUCCCCCAAGUUGUUUCUUUUCUUUCUAAACAGAAAAAUCAGUGUAGUUAUAUAUCUGGACAAUCAACUGCUCCAGAGUUUUUAAUCUUCCUUUGCCUACUAGGCAUUUGAAGCCUUCCUAUCUCUUAAUUAAGAUAUGGGAAGAUAAAGAGGGGCAAGUAGUAGUAGAGGAGAGAAUAAUCUUUAAAGAGCUACAAGAUGAAUUUGUAUUUGUAUAAGACCUUUGAAAGAGUUAAUAUUUGUAACAUCUAAAAUAUUAAAAUAUCAUUCAUUUACACUUGAAUAAUUCCAGUCACAGGUUUAAGACUAUAUAAAGAUCCAACCUACUUUAACCCUAAAAAAUCACAGUGACUAUUAUAGACAAUUUUGAGUGAGAUACUUAAGUUGAUCUACCCUUCACUUCAAAGGAUGAUUCCUAAAUUAUCUAUUCUUCACUGAAGAAGGAGCUGGAUUCUCCUAAGAUCCAUUAUCUCAGUGGAAUUGGAGUGCCACCCUGGGAAGAAAAAACUUUAGAAGGUUUGGUGACCAGGGAUUGUUGCUUUGAUGAAUUUCUCCUGGGAUGGCUGAAGCCAUGAUUAAAGGAUACAUGAUAAAUGUAAUUAAUGAUCAGAGAAAUAAUUUAUAAGCAUCACCCUGGUAGGAAACAAUGAACGUAACAUCUCCUAAGUUCUACGUCCACUGCAAGUAUAUGACCUAGUUUACAUUUUUCCUAGAGCCUGAAAAGUAUUGAUAAUUCUUUGUGUGUGUGUGUGUAUGUUAUUCUUUUUAAAUGAAUUUUCCCGUGUGUCUUUAUUUCUUCUUUAUGUCAUUGAAACUUUUGUUCUAAUUGUUUUAUAUUCUCUUCCCCAAUCACCCGUUCUUCUUGAGCUACUAACAUGUGAGUCAAUGUUCACCCAUAUAUUAAAAACAAUUUAGUUCAAUUCCAAUAUGCUCAAUAAACUUAUAAAUUCUAAUAGGUGUUAAGUAACUUAAGUGGCAACAAGGAGUUCCCAUGAACUAAAUAAAACAGGAAUUUUAUUUAGCAACAGAUGUUUUUUCAUUGUGGCCUGAUAGAUAAGAGAAUUACAGUGGAGUUCACAUUUGGGAAUGGAUCACACUUCAAAUUGCCUACCCUUGGGUGUGGUUAAGAAAAUUAAUCCUCAACCUAACUACUAAACCCAACCCUCUACUAUACCAGAGAAGAACUUUGAUGCCAGAUUUUCUUCUUUUAUAAAUCUUUUGGGAGGAUGGGGGUGAGAAGUAAGUCUAUGCCAUGAUGUGCCUAAGAAGAGGUUCUCUCUUAGAAGGGAAUCAUUACUUCAGGUAAAGAUCCAGCUAUCUGACAUCCAAACAGAUUUUAUGGUUUUUCUAGAUUAGAUGUCUCCAGAUUCAGACGUUUAGUCGGAUUCACAAAACUCUGAAUGAUUGGGGUUCACCCCAAUAUGGAAGGGAAGAAGCACUUCAACACCCUCCUGUCUGU